AUGUCGACCCGCAUCGCUAUUAUUGGUCUUUCCUCCUCCGGUGAGGGAUGGGCUGCAAACGCUCAUCUCCCAUACCUACUCUCACCCAGAGGUAGGGAACGGUUCUCAAUAGUUGCUGUUUGCAAUUCUAGCCUGGAAGCAGCCAAGCGAUCCAUCGACCGACAUCAACUUCCCUCGCAGACUAGAACGUACGGAGAUCCUGAGGCUCUAGCGCAAGAUUCGGAAAUCGAUCUUGUCGUAUGUUGCACCCGUGUUGACAAGCACUAUAACGCAUUGCUGCCCAGCAUCAAAGCUGGAAAGGAUGUCUACCUAGAAUGGCCUCUCGCACAUAACUUUGAACACUCAAAAGAUUUGGUGGACGCUGCUCGACGUAGUGGGAGCAAGACUUUUGUCGGGCUGCAAGGCCGUUUUGCACCAUCACUUGCCAAGCUCAAAAAUGCCAUCUCCGAAGGCCGGAUUGGACUGAUACUCAGUGCUGAAGUCCGAGCAACUGGCGCUUCUUCCCAUCCUGACGCAUUUCCUCGUCGACUUGAGUAUUUUACCGACAUGAGUAUUGGUGGUAACAUUUUCACCAUCUAUUUCGGCCAUAUCUUCGACCAGGUCCAACACGUCUUAGGCACCAGCACCAGCAUUCGUAGCAAGCUCCAAAUCCAACGGCCGAACAUCCGCAUCGUCGACCCAUCUUCAGGCGCCUCACUCAAAACAGUGAUAUCAGACGUACCCGACCUAAUCAUGCUUCACAGUCAAGUAAAGUCCAAGCAAGCAGUGCAAGGAGCCGCCCUGUCUUGUCGGUUUCGGCUCGGGUCGCCGUUUCCAGGUGAACCAGCGAUGGUAUGGUCCGUCAUAGGUGAGCGAGGAGAACUUCGUCUAACAGCUUGGGGCUCAACCACAUUGCAAGCUCAUGGGUACGACAAGCCUGUAGUUCUUGAAGUUCGCGAUUUUGCUACUGAAAAAGUCGAAAAUUUGGAUUGGGAAUGGUCAGAUUGGCAGAUGAAGUUACCUGUCACUGCAAGAAGUGUUGGGCGUUUGUACGAGGCUAUCGUUGCAGGCACUACUGACGGUUUGGUCACGUUUGAGGAAGCAUUGGAAGGCCAUUUACAGCUCGAAGAAAUGAUGGAAGCAUACCAAAUGGGAUCGUAG